UUUUAUAUGCACGCAGUGUGGUGCACUGUUCUGUGUUGUUGCUACUGUAACACAAGAAGCAAUUCUCUCUGGAUCAGUAAAGCAUCCAUCCAUCCAUCCACUCAUCUGUUCAUCCAUCCACCCAUCCAUACACCUAUCUAUCCACCCAUCCAUCCACUCAUCCGUUCACCCAUCCACCUAUCCACUUAUCCAUCCAUCCAUCCAUCCAUCCAAUACUCCUGGACAGAAUAAUAUUUGCUAAUUAAUUCUCCUAGACAGCAUCAUUUGCUAAUUGCAUAAUGUGUUUAAUCCAAAAGGGUUUGUCCUUUAGGCUGAAAUGCCUGUGAAUUAGGCAAUAUUUCUGGAAGUGUUAAUCAAACAGAUUCAUUUAUCUCAGGUCCAGGUUGUCAGGCUCACUGCAGGGCUCAGGCUGUGCCCAAAUAAAGUCGCGUUCCGUUUUCUGAAAAGCAUUCAUCCUCAUGACCUUUGCUGAAUAUCAGAGCUGUUGUUUCAAAAUGUCACUGUGGAUGUUUGUGCGGCGUGUCUAAGCUCUGUGUUUUGACAGCAGAAUAGCUGGAAAGUUAGAGAUUUGCACAUGGACUGAAUAGCUGUUUGGCUGAAUCCGUAAUUGCAUGAGUUGUAUGGAUGCUUAAUUCAGCAACUGCCAGUAUGUGAUUAGUGACUGCAGAUGCAUUGCUGUUCAUUCGAGUUAUUGGGGUUGUCAGGUGAGUUGCAACUGCAAUGCUGCAGAUUGGAUACUGUAUUGCAUUGUUUUGUUAUUGCAUGCAACACAUAGGCUACAGUAUAUUUAAUUUAUAUCACGGGAUAAGGAUAAAGUUUAUUAUGGUAAUAAGAUGGUAAAAGUCCCUGUCUGAUAGACACUGUUUCCAGUCUUUAAAUCAUGUGCCUUGAAUUGUGAGUGCAGAAAUGUGAUUUAUGUCGCUGCGCCCUUUGCGACAGUAGAUUGAACCUUUUAUUAGCCUCACGCGCUGUUACAAAUGAAAAGGGGUCGGCAAGGUAACAAAGGGUUGACGUCAUGGAUCGCAUCCGGCCGCAUGACUUUCCUCCCCUGAAGCUCCGCCUCUUUUUCACGAAGUCGCCAAUAGGAUUGGCGUAACGCACUUCCGCGUCUGACCGUCGUCCAAUCGGAGUGAGCGCAGAGUGAAACUUCCGCGUUGAUGUAAACGUAUGGGCCGAGUUAAGUGACUGAAGUAGCAGUGCAAUAGUCGCUGUUGCCUGUGCUGCCGACCGGAUCCGGUUUAGCCGCCUGCUCCGCUGUGGACGUGCGGAUUUCCACCUCUUUCUGCUGCCACACUUUGGGAUUUUAAUCAUGCAUCCGAGUCCGGUGGAUCUGUGCUGAAUACACAAAUCAUCUCAUCGUCGAAUGCCACCCGUCUGUAAUUGGAUGGUGGGUGUGAGGAGGAGUGUGUGUCCCAUGUUGCACUAGGAGUGUGAGUGUGUGUGUGAGAUGCUGGCCUGUUUGCCAGGGCCAGGUGACCUCUCCCUCCAGCUUCUUCCCCACUCGCAGAUGAACACUGGACUUCAGAAAUGGGACACUACACAGAGGAUGAGAUCAGCCCAGUAUCCGACCCCUGCGGAGCUGGACGCUUAUGCUAAGAAGGUGGCCAACAGCCCGCUGACCAUUAAAAUAUUUCCUAACAGCGUCAAGGUCCCACAACGCAACCACGUGCGGCGCACUGUCAACGGAUUGGACGCGGGUGGUGCACGCUACAGUCCCUAUCCCCCUUCACAGUCUGCGGCCAAGGCCGGCCUCCUGGCCAUCGUCAAGGCACCCAUCACCAAGGGCAUCAUCAAAGACUUCACCGGUACACGUGUGACAAUGAGCGCCCCUGGAAGUGGGUAUGGCCCAGCACCAAGCACUUUAACCCUUCAGCAUGCACCACAGCCGCUUCAGAGACCCCCACAACAUCAGCAAGGCCUCCCACAACACAGUCAGAGUCUCCAGCCCCUCCAGCAGCAACAGCAACACCAGGGACUUGGGCAUCACGCGCCCUCAGCAAUGCCCCAGCACCCACAGGGCAUGGGCAGGACACAGCCUCUUUCCCACCCCCCUCCUCUUGGUCACCCAGGUCCACAGCCUCCUCCUGCUCUCUUGCUUCAACAACAACAGCAGCACCUCCAACAGCCUCCUCCGGGCCUGCAGGGUGGCACUAGAAAACUCACGGAUGCCGAUGCCCCUCCAAAUGUGACUGUUUCUACCUCAACCAUUCCUCUCUCAAUGGCUGGCACCUUGCACCAGGGCCGCCAAGCUGAUCUGAGCACCAUUGUGCACCAGAUUAACCAGUUCUGCCAGGCUCGGGCCCAGGGCGCCGGGGCCACAUCCAUGUGUGAGGGCCAAAUUGCUAACCCAAGCCCCAUCAGCCGCAACUUGCUCAUCAAUGCCAGCUCCCGGGUGGCCAUGCACAGUGGGCAUUCCAGCGCUGUACCUCCAGGCCUUGGACACUCUUCUUGCACCAUUGGGGCACCAGAUAAAUCAGUAGGCACUGGAGUGCCUCUUCACAACAUGGGUGCCAUAAACAGGAUGGCUGUGUAUCACAACGAUUUGAAGCAGCAACAGCAUCUGCAGCACCAACAGAACCCCCAACAGCAUCCGAUUUGCCACCAACAGCAUCAGCAGAUGAUGUCAUGGAACCAGCAUCAGCUCGCACACCUGCAGCAUGUAUCGGACGGGGCCGGGCACCCUUGCAAAACCGCUCCUCGGGACCCAGGCUUCCCUUGUAAAGGCAUGAACUACCCACCUGAGCUGUGUGUAGGGCAGCCUUACACCCUCAAACCCCCCAUGGAUAAGCCAACGCCUUCGCCUCCAAUUGUCAACAACAACACCAUGCCACCUGGCACUGUUGCACACUACGCUAACGGCCAGUACUACCACCAGGUGCCUGUGUGGGGUAGUAUUCUCCCAACACCCAACAGCGACAGUUCCGGCUCACAGGAGUUGCCUGCGCCCUUCCAUGGUCCAACAGGCAAUGGAACGGGCAGUACCAACCCCACCCCAGGGGUGGACUGCGCCCCCACGGGAGGAACAGCGCAUUAUCGACCGGCAGGAGUGGCAGGGGGAGCCGCAGUGGGGCAGACUAAUCUGAUGCAAACGGCAGAUUACAUGGGAGGGGACUUCCAGACUCCCUGCUUCCGAGAUCAAAAUCUGGGCCUGAUGGGGAAGAUGCCCAGGCCUCCCCCCAUGGCCCAUGGCCAGCACCCAGGGUACAGAUAAGCUCUGACACAGGCUCCACUCACCACCUCUGUCCGUUUCAGAUAGCCACACAAAAUCAUCUACUCUGCUCUCUGUCUUAAAAUUACUUAAUAGGAGGAAAAGCAUUACAACACAUCAACACAUUAACAGUUCAGACAGCAAACAGAAAGUGAUCACUGAAAACUGAAAAAUAUUUAACAAAAGCAGUGUUUUCACUAUUGUUUUUUUUCUUUUAAUCAUCAUUCUUGCAAGUGAUCAAUUUUUUAAAGGAUUAAGCCCAUAUAAUUUUGGUUAUUGGUUUUACUUUAUUUCUCCCAGAUCACUGUGUGAUACGUCUUCUAGACAUAGAAGUACAGUCUGAAAGCUGAAAUGAUGUCCUUCAAACAUCAUGAAUGGCCAACUCGUUCUCUUGCCAGAGGUUUAUGGUUCAGCUAUAAGUCGAAUAACCUCAGUAAUGCACUGUUCAGGAAGGUAUUUUCUCUUUUUUUAUUUCUGGAUCUGGCCUGUGUGUACUUGGCAUCUCCAGAUUCCUCACUAAAUUGUUCAAGACAAUGUAGAUCUUGUUCAGUGGGGUUCAUCCUCUUCUCUACAUUAAUUUAUUAAUCUGUGAAUGGGAUAAUGUUUUGUAAUCGACAACAUGAUUUCGACAGGAUAAUAUAUAUCAGUGAAGUUUUAUCAGUCGCAUAUCAAGCCACUUAGUCUGGCUGGCUUAAAGUGACGGAAGCAUAACUUAUAUAUCAAUUACAGUUAAAAGUGCUGCGACAAAUCAGGUGGCUUAACUGAUGUCUUAACUCAUUUAGAUGAAUGAAGUAGGCAGCAUGAUCGUGGAGUUCUAUUUUCUUAAGAAGCCAAUGUGGGCUUAAUUAAAAGAAAAAAACCUGCAAGAAGAUAUUGAGCUUCAAGGGGUGCCAUUGUACUUCUGCUUCAUUUUCUUAAGAUAUGAAAAUGUACUUGAAUCAUAGAGAUGGGCUGUUCUCUUGUUAGAUGGUUUGUAAUAAAGUUAGCAGGACUAAACUUACUACUGGAGAAGAUUGUGUAUUGUGGAUUGUUACUAAUAUCAUUUAGAGACUAACUACAAACCAAAUUGAGAUUAUUUGAUCCUACAUUUUCUCAUGUAUCUGUUGAAAUAACUUCAGUUUAGGAGUUGCUACUGAUGCUCUAAUGACAUGUGCUUGAAUAGACCAAAUUGAUCACUUGCAAGAUCGCUUGUGGGUAAAUCAAGGAGGACUUUAAGUCAAAGGUGAAACAGCAGAUGAUUUAUUUUAUUGUACACUGGCUAAUCUGCUAUACUACUGUAACUUUUACGAAGUGUAAUGACUGUGUGAAUGUUGGAUGGUUUGUGUGGGGAUGGUUUUAGUGGGCGAGCGAGUGUGAGUGAGUGAGUAAUGGGUGUCUGAUUGUGUGUGUGUGUGUGUGUGUGUUGGUUGGUUGGUUGGUUGGUGGAUUCACCAUCACCCACUCUCUGCUUGCCUCCCUCUGGAACAGCCCUUAUAAAGCCUUAAGUAUUUGGUCCUUGGACUUUCCUUUGAAAACAAGCAUGGUUAUUAUGAAACCUAUAAUAAUGAUAAUUAUGAAAACGACUUCAAAAAGACUAUAAAGGAACAGCAAUUUUUUCCUUGUUUAUUUUUAUUAACUAAAGCUUUUGUUGAAUAGAAAAGCAAUUCCUUAGGAUUACUUUGCAACAAAACAAAGAAAAAAGAAUAAUAUUUUAUUGUAAUUAUGUUUUAUAGCUAUGUGUAGUUCUGGGCUGUAACAAAAAUCUUUUUAUUCCAAGUUUCAAAGCUUCAGUUUUGCAAUUUGUGACUAUUUAUAAUUAUAAACUUGAUUUUUUUCGUUAUUUAAAUUUUUUUCUUUGGUUUUUUUUUUUUUUUUUUUUUUUUGCUAUAGCUGUGAAAUGAAGAGUCUAGAAGACUUUCUCAUAUCUGUCACUCUGUGGCUGUUGAGUGAGUGAGCGAAAACUACAGAGUGUGUGUGGAGAGUUGUGCUACUCUUUUUGUAAUAUUGUAAUAAUAAAAUAAAGUUCUAAUUUA